UGAGGCGCGAAUUCCGACCGUGACCGCACGCUGGAAGACACAAGCUGAUUAUGUUCGCGUUAAUUAAGUGAGUGGAGGAUGAAAAAUUCUCAAUUCUGCCCACUGAACAUAUUAGAAAAUUUGAUGAGGAUGAAUACUCCGCAGGUAUGGAGGAAAAUAACGUUUACUUGGUGGAGUGGCGCCAAGGCGUCGAAGAGCCGAAAGGGGGAUGGCCGGCCUAUGAGGCCUCCAUCAUCAAGAUAGCAGAAAGGGAAAGAACUUUACAAAUAAAACUUAAGGAAAUUGAAGAACAGCUACCCAAGUCAGACACUCUGAAGAGAAAGAGUAAACCUUCAAUGAAACUCCUAGAGGCCGCAGAGAUGAGAGAGGAACCAGCAGCUAAGAAAAAGAAAUCCCAUCUCUCCUUCUGGCUAGAGCACUUACUCCAGGAGAUGUCAAAGACUCCAUCUCAUGUUCCCCUCUCACAUGCUCCUAAACCUUUGGAAUCAAAUGCAGAUUUCCUUGAUCAUAACAGCAAGAUAUUUUCUGAUGGAGAUAUGGUGCCGAAGGCUCCAUCCAAGGCUUCUCUGUCUGGUUCUUUCAAAUGUUCCAGUGAUGCUAAUUAUACCCAAACAGCCACUUCAAUGGUGCGUGUUCUUUUAAUGGCCGCCUUCCCACUGGAGGUUCUGAUCCACAGCAAUUUGAAAGGAGGAAUGAGUAAAACUGACUGUGGUGCCGAGAGAAGGAGUGCCCUUGAUAAGGACACUAUGGCAGCCACAUAUGUGGCAGUGAUGAAGAGGUUUCCCAAUGUGUCCAGAGGAGCUUUGGGGAUUGCAGUGAAUUCUAAGCUAGGGGAACUGAGACUGCUUGUUAAAAAAAAAGUUAUUUUUUUGAAAUUUAAUGUAUGUUCCUUGCUUGAUUUUUAUUCAAAUGUGUUACAUACAUGUUCACAUUUUAGACAUCAAAUAAAUAUUUUCUUCAAAUGUUACGUGUGUGUAUUUUCUUGUAUUGAAGUAUAUGGAGGGCAAAAUAUAUUUUUUUAA